AUGUCCGCUCGGUUGGCGGGUUACACCGCCAUGGGCUGUUCCAGCAUAGCGCUGGUUAUAGUCAGCCUAUUUGUACCGGCUCUCUGGGACAAAAUCAACACCAUAACGAUUGAUCUUCAUAAGGACAUGGAAGAGUUCCGUCAGCUGCAAAACGGCGUCUGGACAAAUAUCAAGGGCGAAAAGAGGGUGAUGGCAGAAGUUGUGGCAAGAACAAAGAGGCAGAGCUACAACUGCAAUUGCAACGCAAAUGCCAACUGUCCUCCAGGAGCUCCCGGAGAACCAGGUGCCCCAGGAUUGGAUGGCGCCCCAGGUCUCCCUGGACCUCCUGGAGCUCCGGGUAUGACAGGUAAUAUGCCAUCGGUGAUGAUGCAUUCCACUGAACAAUGCCGCAUGUGCCCGAAUGGUCCACCUGGACCUCCUGGACCUACUGGACAACCUGGGCCACCUGGUCUAGAAGGAAUGUCCGGAACGGACGGUAUGCCUGGUCCAGAUGGCCAUCCUGGACUUCCUGGAAUGCCUGGUCUGCCCGGAGAACCGGGAACACCUGGAAAUGUUGGGCCACCAGGAGAAAAGGGACGAGACGGAGCGACGAUGGGCAAAGGUCCACCUGGAGAACCUGGAGAGCGUGGAAUGACUGGACCACCCGGUUUCCCCGGACCUGAAGGAAGUGCAGGAAACCCAGGAAUCGCUGGUCCAAUGGGACCACCAGGAGAGCCUGGAGAAGCUGGACCAGAAGGUCCGUCUGGAUUCGACGGCGGCAUAGGACCUAUGGGAUCGCCUGGAGAGGAUGCUAGCUACUGCCAUUGCCCUACCAGAUCGAAAUCCAAAUCAUAA